AUGUCCGACGAGCGAAAGCAGCAACAAUCUACCACAAACACCAGGCCAAGCUCGAGCGAAGCCAUGAACGCCGAUUUGCGUGCACCCUUCGCUGGACAAGAGUGCGCUGAAGAUCAGACCACUCAAGCGCCAUCUACACCUCCUUCAACAGUUGAUCUCGGAACUGCAGGGUUCAGUACCACCGCAUCCACCGGUGCGGACACUUACUGGAGGACCAGGGAGAGUUUGAGCGAGAAUAUGAAUGCUGAUUUGGGCCCGCCGUUUGCGGGGCAAGAGUCUGCGGAGGAUCAGUCUAGCCAGCCGUCUAAGGCGGAGAAAUCGAAGCUAUGA